AUGGCGAUGGACGAUACGCUCGACAACUACCUGCACGACGAUGGCCUCUCACGAGUGCCAGAGUGCGAUGAACAAAACGAUGCGCCGCUUAGCGAUCGGUACUCCAAGCAGUUUCGGGAGGUAUACGAGAUUGUGAAGCAGUUGAAGACCUUUAGCGACGAUAUGAUCAACCAGACCAUGGACCAGUACUAUAACCGUCUGGGCCUCAACGAGUACUACUUCAGCACCUCCAACUCGAAGAUGAUCGCUAACAACAUGGUUUCGGUCCUGACGGCCAAAAUCCUGCACGAAAACUCCGGAUCGGACUAUUUCCCGCUCAUUGAGCAGGUUCACGACGGCCGGGUAUUCAUCAUCACCAGGGCCUCACUGCUCAACCAGAAGAUCUACCAGAGUUACGCGGUCGAGCGCAGCGUCGAGAAGCGUUAUUUGAACUUUGGGGACAUGAGCAAACCCAUAUGGAGGAUGCAGUGCUUCAGGUCGACCAACUCCAUCUUCGACGACCCGGAUAACCUGUUCGAAAGAUUGCGCAUUUACUUCUUGCAACUGCCCAAUUUCACCGUCGCGGACCCGGAACCGGGGGAGCUGAGUCUCAGUAAAUUGUUGGACAGAGACUUCUACAAGAACAAGAAGAACACCAUCACGGAGGAUAUCUUCUACAAGCUCAACAAACAACUGAUAGAGUCGGACACCGGGCUGGGUAUCGCAAUUGCAGCUGAACCGAGGCAGUUCAACACGUACCGUAUCGACGUGGCCUUCAGGCGUGAGCACAUCCAAAGCGACUUCUACUCCAGGGUUGGAGAUUGCAUUACUUACUACGGCUGCUACUCGAAGUCAAAGUACAUCGACCCGCUGUCGAACAACGUGUGCAUCAUCACUGCGUUCAUUACGACGUUGCCAACAACUGAGAUCGCCAACCCCAACAUGACGAUGGAAGACAGGGUACACAGCAUCGUGACGGCAAUCAGGUUGUGCGGAGUUCUGCCGCACACCCACUACUUGUCCAUCCUCAACGAGCGGCUUUUGGAUGUAACUGAAAUGGCCUACGCGUUCUGCGCGUCGAUCUUCAUCGAGCAUUUCAGUGGAAGCGUGGGACCGCACGUCUCUCUCAUCGAAAGACUCACGACGAGGGAGCAAAUAACGCCUUCGGAACUGUACGACAUUCGUUCGAAGCUUAUGAUUCCGCCGUAUCUGCCUCACCAGAUAUUUGACGCGGUGCGGGCUAAUGAGGGAAUCCUCAAAAUGCUGUACCAGAACUUCCGCAAGCUGCACGACCCCGCGCUAAACCCGAAUGGCGUCAACGAGGACCCAGAAACGCCAAGGCUGAGGGAAAUGAUCAAAACCUUGGAUGACCAGGAACACGCCAAAAUCAUGUCAUUCUUCCUCACGUUUAACGCCUGCACUCUGCGCACCAACUUCUUCAUGCAGGAGAAGCUAAGUCUCAGCUUCCGAUUCGACCCCUCAUUCCUGUCGAAGAACGACUAUCCGCAGACCCCGUACGGAAUCGUUAUGAUAUUAGGGCCGUACUUCAGGGGGUUCCACAUCAGGUUCAGUGAGAUUUCCCGUGGAGGAAUCAGGGUUGUGCAAUCGUUCUCGCAGGAAGCCUUCACCAGGAACAAGCUGCAAGUUUUCGACGAGGCCUACAACCUGUCGUACACCCAGAGUUUGAAAAACAAGGACAUUCCAGAGGGUGGUAGCAAGGGUGUGAUCCUGCUCGACAAGGCGGCGAGCAAGGAAAUAGCAGCGAUAUACACCAGGAGCAGCUUCAUGUGCUAUGUCGACGGGCUUAUCGAUGUUAUGAUGCCCAAGGACCAAAUGGUUGACAGGCUGAAAAAGGAUGAGAUAUACUUCCUGGGUCCCGACGAGCACACUGGAACUGGGGGCCUCAUGGACUGGGCGGCCAAGCACGCCAGGCUCCGUGGGUUCCAAUUCUGGAGGUCCUUCACCACCGGUAAGGAGCCCGAGAUGGGAGGCAUUCCUCACGACGUAUUCGGCAUGACUACAGCUAGUAUUGAAGCCUACAUCCACGAACUACUUGCGAAGUGCAACGUGAAGGAAGAGGAUGUGACGAGGUUCCUUACUGGUGGUCCCGACGGAGACUUGGGAAGCAACGCGCUUCUGUGCUCCAAAACUAAAACUUUGGCAAUCGUCGACCGCAGUGGUGUUCUGUACGAUCCGGAAGGACUCGACAUCAACGAGCUGCGAAGGUUGGCUUCUUUGAGACUCAAGGGAGAGAACACCUGCUGCAUGCUCUACAACCCCGACCUGCUCUCCAAAAGGGGGUUCAAGGUUGCUGAGGAGGCUGUCGAUAUAGUGCUGCCCGAUGGAAGAAACGUCAAGCGGGGUUACAAAUUCAGGGACGAGUUCCAUCUUGGAGGAUGCUCGUGUGACCUGUUCAACCCCUGCGGAGGCAGGCCGUCGUCCAUCACUCCUUUCAACGUUAACAGCUUGUUCGACGAGAAGGGCAAGUGUAUAUACAAGUUCGUCGUAGAAGGUGCCAACGUGUUCAUCACCCAGGAUGCGCGCCGCAUUCUGGAGAGCAAGGGCGUCAUCCUUUUCAAGGACGCUUCCACGAACAAGGGAGGUGUCACCAGCAGCAGUUUCGAGGUGCUGGCUGCGUUGGUGCUUGACGACGUAACUUUUGAUGAGACCAUGACCGUGAAGAAGGGCGGAGAGUACCCAGAGUUCAGGAAGAACUACAUUAAUGAGAUUCUGGACAUCAUCAAACGCAACGCACGUAUGGAAUUCCAUGCCCUGUGGAACGAGGGGCUGCGUACUGGCAAGCCCAGGUGCGACCUCACGGAUAUUCUGUCGAGCAAGAUCAUCAGGCUGAAGAAGGACAUCAUGGACGCCAACUCGUUGUGGGCGGACCUCACACUGGUCAAGUCUGUCCUAUCUAGGGCCAUCCCACUGUCGCUGCAAAAGCUGCUGUCCAUAGAGGAGAUCAUGAAGAGGUUGCCUGAGCGCUACAUGCGGUCCAUGUUCGCCUCGCACCUCGCCUCCACGUUCUACUACGUGCAGGACUUCACGGAUGACACUUCGGUGUUCGCCUUCUACGAGUACAUCAACAUGCUCAGGGGAGGUGAGAACUUGGAGGCAUCGCAGAGCUUCGUCAUGAGGAACUGA